AUUACCUUUUCGUCCAAAGGUUUUUCAUUUGUCAUCAUCCUCGUCGGCAUCAUUUCUCAAUCUCUCCUUCGCCGCCGGACUCCGUCGCUUUCUAUUUUCCAGUCUUUUAUAGAGUAAGGGAGAGAGAGAGAGAAAGAUGGUGAUUCCACCGGCGGUUAGACCACCACGCCUCUUCGACUACCUCAAACCUUACGUCCUGAAGAUGCACUUCACGAACAAGUUUGUUCACGCCCAAGUCAUCCACUCACCGACAGCCACAGUGGCUUGCGCAGCUAGCUCACAGGAGAAAGCACUGAGGGAAACGAUGGGCGUCACGCGCGACGUGGCUGCUGCUUCAAAGAUUGGUAAGAUCCUCGGGGAAAGGCUCCUGAUGAAAGAUAUCCCAGCUGUUGCUAUCCACAUGAAGAAAGAGCAGAGGUAUCAUGGUAAAGUCAAGGCUGUGAUCGAUUCCGUCAGGGAAGCUGGCGUCAAGUUACUUUGAGCAUUAUUUCAACAAACAAUCCAUGAAACCAAAAUCAAUCUCGUGUUAUUCGUUUCGAACAUUGUUGUUUUUUUUUUGUAGCUUAUGUUCAUGUUUGUUCUUCAGCUUCAGGGUUAUGAAGAAACUUGUUCUAAAGAGAACGAAUGUUAUACAAGCUUUGACUAUUGAAAUAAUACGACUAUAUAUCAA